AUGAAUUUGGAGACUGUAAGUGUUUCAAAGAGGACCAAAUUUGCUUUUCUAAGUGGCACUGUAGCGCUCGACAUUGAGAAGUCCCUUACUGUGAACAAGGGUGAUGAGCAAGUAGAGGAGUGGUUGGAAGUUGGUAACGGCUGUAUCUGCUGUUCUGUCAAGGAUACUGGAGUUAACGCCAUAGAAUCUUUGAUGUCGAAGAAGGGCGCCUUUGAUUACAUCCUUCUCGAAACCACUGGACUAGCUGAUCCCGGUAACUUGGCCCCUCUCUUCUGGGUAGACGAUGGACUUGGAAGUACCAUUUACCUCGACGGUAUUGUCACUCUAGUCGAUGCGAAGAACAUCUUGCUCAGUCUUGAUGACCCAAAGGGUAUUGUUGAGGGGCACGACCACGAUGGCCAUGGUCCAGUCAUGACAACCGCCCACGUCCAAAUUUCCCAUGCGGAUGUGAUUGUGAUUAACAAGGCUGAUAUGGUAUCCGAAACGGAACUCAACCAAGUCAAGGAGAGAAUCCAGUCAAUCAAUGGCCUUGCCAAGAUCCAUGUCACGGAGAGGAGCGUGGUCCCCCAGCUAGAGGGAUUCCUGCUCGAUUUGCACGCAUAUGAUCAGUUCAAUGAAUCAGAUGCUAGUGCCAAGGGCCACAGCCAUCUCGACCCUUCCUGUGGGACAGCAAACUACCCGACGCGAAAGAGGAGAGAAAUUUUGAGAUUCACCGCUCAAAAGGACGUCUUGUGUUUGCAAAUGGAGAUGUCAAGAUGCUGCAGGGGGUGA